UACCAUUUGAUACAACAACAAUUCAGUUUGAUCUGAGAUCGAAGCAGCAGGACAACAGAAAUCCGAAACCCAACCAACAAAAAUGCAGUUCACAAUGGGAUGCAUGAUGGCAGUGAUGCUGCUGCUGUUGGCAAUCACACAACGGACGAUAUCGGCACCAGCGGAGUCAACACUCACGCUCCAGGACAGCAGCGAGCCAGCCGAGUUGAACCCCAUCAAUGCAGAGGAGGUGUUUGGCGCUGAGCUUGAGCGCAACAAAAGAAAACUGCCCGAAGCGACAUUUGAGGCGAAAAAUGCCGUACUCGGAUUUGUCUUUGGCAAGAUCGACAACUUUCUGGAUACGAAGACACGCGUGAUUGAGCAGCUGGAUCGCUCCAAUAUUGAGAAGAAUAAGCAGUGGGACAUUAAGAACCCUGUGCCCAUUAAGGACUUCCAGACCCUAAUCACUGCCGUCGUCUCACCGAAGAUCCGCUCGAUUGGCAACAUUGCCAAUGACCUGACAACUGGCGUUUUGACCACCAUAACCGCCUUCAGUGGCUCCUCGUCGGGCAAUGGAAAUCCGAAUGCUGGCCUUGGCAAUGUCGUGUCCAAGUUCUUGGGCUUCUCGGGACCCAUAUUGCAGGGCUCGUCCGGUGGUGCAAAUGGCAUUGCGGGCGCCACAAGCCCUGCCCCCGAUUCCGAUGAGGCGGGCUAUUAAAUCGACUCGAUGACUGACUAAUUGGCCAACUGGGCCGAUUGUUUAGGCCUGGACCUAAAUCGUUCGUUGGUCUGUUCAUAAAAUGUGGUCUUAUAAUUUAUGUACAUCACACACAAACACACACACACACACAAACACA